CAAUAAAAAUAAAUUUAAAAUAAAGUUAUAAUCAAUAUUAUUUAUCUAUGGUUAUAAUAAAAAAAAUAUAAAUAUAAGAACAGAUUAUGGAAAACCUUAAACCAUCUAUGUAUUGUGGUGCUUCUAGUCAUCACAUUCAUUGCGAAAAUUUUGAAUUUAAAACGGGUGAAAAGUUACUCAUUUUUGGAAGAGAUGAAGUUGAUAAUACAACCACCUGGUUAGAUUUAAAGAAUUGUACAGGAAGAAUUACUCCAGAAACGUUCAGUUUGUUCACGGCUCUAGACUAUAUUAAUUUCGAAGGAUGUACUUUGGAAUUUUCUGCCAAAGCAUUUGCAGCUGUAAAGAAUAUAAAAGCCAUAGAUAUAAGGGAAAGUAAAGUCUCUAUUUCUAAGGAGAUUUUCGAAGACUGUGAAACAUUGGAGUCUGUGCAUUUAAAAGAUUUGAAAAUACCAGAUCAAGAUUGUUUUUCUCCUCUAAAAAAGUUAAAUAUGUUGACAAUAGAAGAGUGUCAGUUCGAAAACAGCAAUGGUAAUAUUUUCAGAAAUUUAUUUUCGUUACAAUAUUUGAUAAUCGAACGGUGCGAAUUGCCAAUAUUCGGUGAUGUUCACCAGGAUUUAAAAAACUUGGAAAUGCUUAUUCUUAUGCAUAACAAAAUUGGAGAACUAAAGUGUGACGGAAUAUUUAAUCUACUAAAAUUAAAAGAAAUUGCAAUAUUUAACAAUGAAACUGUAUCUGUUAUAAACUACGAAAGGUUUCAAACUAUGCCUUUGCUGGAAACCAUACUUUUUGAAAAUAAUGUAUACAAAACUUUAGAUUUCCGUGCUUUUCCUAGUUUAAAACUUGUUAAAAUUGGUACAUUAACUGAUGUACCAACACCAGCAGAUGAUGAGCUUUUCAAAAAGUUUGAUGAUAUGAAUAUAACAUACCAGUUUACCUUUUGUGGUAAGAUCGAAGUUGAUAUGAGUAAAGUUAUGAUUUGUGCAUAAAGAUUACACACUAAUAACUCCAUUGAAUACUAAGAUUAAUUAGAGCUUCAUUUGACAUAUUUUGCAUUUUUUUACUAACUCUAGAAUUAUUUUAUUAUUAUAUGUGUGGAAUUCUGAAGGUUUUAUUACAAUGAUUGUCACUCUAUUCUUUGUCGUAAAUCCCAAUUUCUUUUUUUUAUGCCUAAUAUUGACAGUUCCAUAUUCUUUAAGUUACUAUUAAUAUUAAAUCACCAUUUUUUUAUAAAAGGCAUAUAUCAGUACCAUGUGUUAUUACAGCUUCCUCACCAUACAUCUACAGUAUUUAUUUAACUGGUUAUAAUUUACCUUCCUGGAUGUGAAACCUUUAUUGACACGGUUUGGAAGCAAUUUAGUAAUUUGCCAUACCAACUUUAUAACAUUAUAACUACCUCCGAAAGUUGAGAGUCAAUGUAGAACAAUGAACCUCACAACUUUCUUUAGGAGCCAAUUGUUAGGCCUCGUCUAGUUCAGUCGCUCGGGGUGUGAACUCUUAUUUUAGAAGUAAAUCUGAAAAAUGAGUUUGACUGGGACAAAUAAACCAGGAUAUUAACUAGUCAUAUCUAUUAAUAUGAGUAGUUUUAAUAUUUUAUAUUUAUUAAAAAAAUAUAAAAUUGAAAUUUUAAUAUAAAACCCAAGUUUAAAUUAAAACCAAACCAAAUCUUGCCUAAAGCUUUACAAGAAUUUUAAAAUGGUAUUUAUGGCAUCUGAUGUUGUCUUCAAGUAGUUAGGCAGGAUUCUUGUAGAAUGCAGCUAGUGGGGUUGCUAGCUCCAGAUACUGGUUACAAUUAUACUUGAGUUUUCAUAGCAGCGGCCACUACUACAGUCUAUUAAUUCCUAUGGUUUUAGUGGAGGUCCCUCCCGAGCAAGUGGGACAGGAAAAAUGAGCCAAGAAAUCCAGAACAGAUUUAACAUUAUAAACUCGUGAAAAUAGAGCUUAAAUAAGCAAAAGACAUUAUAAAAAAAAUAAUCCUCUACAGAAUUGAAGUGCCAUAACAGAGCAGAGUUGCCAACUAACAGAUGUACUUUGUCGACUGAAGUGAGCCAUAGAGAUUUUAUAUUUCAUGGCUUAGAACAGUAAAAUGAAAGUUAAUAGAUGAAUAAAAUUGAAAUAAAAUAAUUAUUUAAAGAAAAUAACAAACAUUACAACUUUUAUGUCAUGACAGCGGUAUGAUCUAUCUUGUGGCAUUAUUUCCCACUUUGUCGCGUGUGAUUGUAGAAUAAUUUCCUUUUUUUUUCCUAAGAAUCAAAGUCUAAUAUUAUGAAACUGUUUCGCACUCAAUAUUUGCUUUCGUAACUUUAUAGUUAUAUUACUUUUAAAAGAAUAAAACAUUUCACAUCUGCUACACUAUUUUUCUUGUUUUUUUUUUAACUAAGCAAGUGUCUGUCAUAUUUUCAAUUUUGUUCUAAAAUGUUUAUCAUGUUAGUUUUUCGUUGAAUCCAUUUAGGAUGAUUUUGUUAA